AUGGAAUUUGAACACGAUUAUGAGAUUGUUUCUUUUGCGGACACAAAUAUGUUUAAACCAAUUACUAUUGGGAACAUAACAUUGAAACAUCGAGUGGUUAUGCCCCCCAUGGCCAGAAUGAGGGCUUCAUUCAACGAGUACGUGCCUAAUAAGAAUUGGGCUGCUAUUUACUACGAACAGAGAUCAAAAAGAGAAGGAAGUAUGAUUAUUACAGAAGCAGCAACCAUUGCUGCAGAGGCUGGGGGUUAUGACCAUGCACCGGGAAUUUGGUCCGAGGCCCAGAUUUCUGAAUGGAAGAAUAUUAUUCAAAAAAUCCACAAUAACAAAUCUUACGUUUGGAUGCAAUUAAUUAGUCUUGGGAGACAAGCAGGUAUUAGUUCGUUAUCACGAGACGGGCUCCCUUACGUUUCGGCAUCUGAUAAAUUAUAUAUGUCCGAAAGAGCCAAAAAUGAUGCUUUGAAGUAUAAAAAUACGCAACAUGGUUUAACUAUUGAUGAAAUUAAAAAAUAUACUGGCUAUUUUGUGACAGCUGCUGAGAAUGCAAUAAAUGCUGGUGCUGAUGGUGUAGAAAUACAUGCAGCUCAUGGUUAUUUGUUAGGACAAUUCCAGGAUCCUAUUUCUAAUGAGAGAACCGAUAAAUAUGGUGGCUCUAUUGAAAACAGAUCCAGGUUUACUUUAGAGGUUGUUGAUGCAGUAACAAAGGCAGUCGGAGCUAAAAGAGUUGGUAUUAGAUUUUCCCCUUAUAACACAUAUGGGACUAUGUCUGGUUCUAAGGAUCCAACUUUACUAUCAACGUUUUGCUAUAUAAUUGGUGAACUUGAAAAGAGAAGUAGAGAGGGGAAUGGAUUAGCAUAUAUUCACAUGACUGAGCCAUUAAAAGAUGACAACCCUGUAAAGAAGGACGAAAGUCAAUAUUUUUCAGACGAUGGAGAAGGAAGCAAUGACUUUGUGUAUUCUAUCUGGAAGGGCCCUAUAAUCAGAACAGGGGAAUUGGUAACAAACCCCAGAUUAUCUAUGAAAUUAUUGGAAGAUGAUCGUACCUUGACAGGGUACGGAAGAUAUUUCUUAUCGACUCCUGAUCUUGUUGAUAGAUUAGAGAAAGGUAUACCGCUAAAUAAGUUCAGACAUGAUUUAUUUUAUGCUGUGACUGCUGAAGGUUAUAUAGAUUAUCCAACGUACGAGGAAGCGAUAGCCUUAAAUUGGAAAUAA